AUGUCAACUUCCAGCUACCAACCUCUUGAAGUCACUACAGGCAUCAAUGACCUUCCUAAACUCAUUCUCCGUCAAACUGACGGCAGCUCUGCAGAGGUAUAUCUGUAUGGAGCUCACGUGACAUCUUUGAAAAAUGAGGAAGGAAAAGAGAUUCUGUUUGUCAGUAGCAAGGCAAUCUUUGAUCCUCCAAAGGAAAUACAUGGGGGUAUUUCAAUACGCUUUUCUCUUUCCCCGGAUAAAGAUACUCCUGGAGCACAUGUAUCUGCUGCAAACAGUACAUGGGAUAUGGACACUAAUGCCUCUUCUCCAGCUGAUGUUGCCACUGGUGUGUUUGUUGAUUUGGUACUGAAGCCCACUGAACAGGAAUAUUUGCGCUUACGCCGUCACAGGUUUGAGUAUCGACUGAGGGUUGCCCUAAGGCGUGGAGGAGAAUUAGUGUUGACAUCUCGGAUCAAAAAUACAAACUCUGAUGGAAGGCCAUUCAAGUUCACAUGUGGAUAUCCAGCCUAUUUUUCUGUUUCAGAUAUCAGUGACAUUCGGGUUGAAGGAUUGGAGACACUGAAUUACCUUGACAACUUGAAGAACGGGGAAAGAUAUACAGAGAAUGGGGAGGCACUAACCUUUGAAUCAGAGGUUGACAAGGUAUAUCUCAGUACACCAACAAAGCUUGCAAUAGUGGAUCAUAAAAAGAGUCGAACAUAUGUCAUUCGGAAAGAUGCCCAACUACCUGAUGCUGUGGUGUGGAAUCCAUGGGAUAAGAAGGCAAAAGCUAUGGCUGAUUUUGGAAAUGAUGAAUACAAACACAUGCUUUGUGCCGGGGCAGCAAGAAUGGAAAAUCCCAUUACGUUGAAGCCUGGUGAUGAAUGGAUAGCAAGGCAGGAACUUUCAGCUGUUAAUUCAAGCUAUUGCAAUGGUCAACACCAACCCAAACUAAUCAUACAUGUCAUGUGAGUUAUUUAUAAAUAUACUGAAUAAUGGAGAAAAGCGUUUCAGGUCAACCUGACUCUUAAAAUGUUAUUCAUUUUGAGCCAAACUCAUUUGACCUAUUACCCAAUCUGUCAAAUUGCCCAUUUCUCAACCUCUACUACAGAGGUAUGCUUAUUAGAUCAAAUUCCGCUUGGUCCCUUUCUUUGUUGAUUAAUCAACUUAAGUUUUUUUUCGAAUACCAUGGCUUACCCUAAUUCUAUUUAGUUGAUUUUUGUUCUAUUUUUGAAAGGUAACUUUAUCUUUCCAGUUGAUAUAUUAGCAAGUCGAAGGCCCAGUUUUGCGUGUCUUAUUGUCAUGGACAUAUGGUGAGAGCAUCCUUGCAUUUUUAGCUGUAUGAGUGUUGGUGCGUGAUUGCAACUGUUAGUCAAGUCUAAUUUGAUAUGUAGCUUUGUUAAUCCUUUAAUUUUCUAUCGGGCAGUUGCAUGGUCAUAUUUUAGAUGGUCACAGCCUUGGGGGUUUACAGAUUGUAUUGUAAACUGUCAUAUGGAAGUCUGAACAGGACAACACACUGUAAAAACCUGUCAAGUUAAUUGUAAAUGAUGUAUUUUGUUCUGUAUAUUUGU